UUUUGUGCAUUUGGGCCAACACAGACUUGCGGGAUGGGGCCACCAUACAAAACAGUUUUGAUGCUGAAAUUUUUGGUCAUACAAAGAAAGCUGUCGUCCUUAGAAGCGACAUCUAUGCCAUGGCACACAUGUUGGAACCAUCAGGAGGCUGCAUUGCUUUUUACAUGAGCUGCCUUCAUGAUGUUUUGAAAAAGUUCUGGAUGACUGAUAUGGUAGCCUUUGUCGACCCUGAUCACACGGGUGCAAUUGGCUAUGGAAGUACAACUGAACAAUCUCGGGCUUUAUUCAAUCGGUACAAAGCUAGGGAAGCCUGGACAGAUUUAUUUGCUGUCAUAUAACUCAGGUGAUCAUUGGAUGUUGUCUAUUGUGGAUCCGGAUCAAGAAAUAAUUUACUUCAUGGAUCCGUCAAGGAGGUGGCUCGUCUUCGAUGGUGAAUGGAAAUCAAUUGUCAACACGUCCAUUAGAAUAUUUAAUGCACACAAUUUGUUUAAUCCACACAAGUAUAGGAGAGGGAGGAAAUGGAAAUCAAUCCAAUGGAAAAUUCUUACUACUUGUGGAUAUUGGAUUAUGCGUUGCAUGAAGGAGAUAGUGGAAGACAAGGAUUUGGAUUUUGCUGAUAAGUGGAAAAGAAGUACUCAGAAAAGGGGAAAUCUUGUUUACACAGAUUAUGAGAUUGAUGAAGUUCGGGUUGAAUGGGCGCAGCAUGUGAUGAAGUUUGCAAAUGUCUAGUGUGCGCGGGGGUCUAUGGUAUAAAUUUAGUUAGGGACUGCCUAGCUACAUUUUGGAAGGUUAUUUUGGCCUAACUUAUAUGAUCGACUUUUGUUUUAUCGAUCAUUUUCAACCUCCUAGCAGAUUACUCAACUUAAAGACGGA